UAUGGAUAGCAGAAUUUCCCGAGAGGAAAGAAGAGAAAAGUUUCACAUUGUUGCCCUUCAUCCUUCUCUCACCUCACCCCAAUUCUGGCCCUUUUUACAAGGACCCAUGCGGCGAAGGUGACUAGUCGGCGCGGCGAUCACCGGUGUACCGGAGAUGAACGGGAGGACGCUUUUCAAGAGCCCUCUCCCCAGCAGCCACGUCUCCGACGCCUCCAGCACGACCGGCGCCGUCGCAACCCACCGCGUGUACCAAGUCUGGAGGGGAAGAAAUAAAUUCUUGUGUGGCGGCCGUUGCAUCUUCGGCCCGGACGCCAACUCCAUCGUGCUCUCCGUGUCCCUAAUCAUGACACCGACCGCGCUGUUCGUGGCGUUCGUCUCGUUCCGCCUGGCCGAGCUCAUGGGGAAGCCGCUCGGCCCCUUCAUUCCCACCACGGCGAUGGCCGUAGGCGCAUUCGAUCUUGUAGUGCUGCUACUCACGUCGGGGCGAGAUCCCGGGAUCAUCCCCCGGAACACGAGGCCGCCGGAUCCUGAGGACAUCCAGCUCGACAACAUGGCGUCGCCGAUGACGAGAGCGCCGUCUUCGGGAGCACUGCCGCCGACUCGUGACGUGUACGUGAACGGCAUGGUGGUGAAGGUGAAGUACUGCCACACGUGCAUGCUGUACCGGCCGCCGCGCUGCUCGCACUGCUCCGUCUGCAACAACUGCGUGGACCGCUUCGACCACCACUGCCCCUGGGUGGGCCAGUGCAUCGGCAAGAGGAAUUACAGGUUCUUCUUCAUGUUCAUCUCGUCGACGACGUUCCUGUGCCUGUACGUGUUCGUGUUCUGCUGGGUAAACCUCGUCCUUAUCACGCGGCAGUACGGGUACAGCCUGGGCGGCGCCAUCGUGGAGUCGCCGGUGUCGGGGUUCCUCAUCGUGUACACUUUCGUCACGUCCUGGUUCGUGGGCGGGCUCACGGCCUUCCACUCCUACCUCAGCUGCACCAACCAGACCACGUAUGAGAACUUCCGGUACCGGUACGAGGGCAAGUCCAAUCCCUACAACCGCGGCGUGGCGCGGAACCUGGUCGAGACCUUCCUGUCGCCGAUUCCGGCCAGCAAGAACGAUUUCCGGCAGAAGGUCAUCGUCGACCCCAACGCGCUUCUCUACGGCCCGCCCUCCAUGGCCUACUCCUACUCCUUCGGCAAGUUCUCGUCGUCCAAGAAGAGCUUCAACACCCAGGGCAGCCUCAGCUUCGACAUGGCCAAGCCCAGCUUCGAUCUGGGAGCCGGAGGAUACACCGCCAAGCGCACCAGUAUCGGUUCCUCCGACUUCGGCGACAUAUACAGCACUAGCAGCGGCAUGGAGAGCAUGGCGCACCAGCAGCCGCGCCACUCCAUCUUCGGCGGCGGCGGUCUCCAAAGGAGCAAGAAGAUGGCAGAUGACACGGAGUCGAUCGCGACGACGGACCUCGAUACAGUGGAGUAUGGCGGCGGCGCUGGCCGGCCGAACGGGAGGGAUAUCGAGGCCGUGUGACAGAGGACGCGAUGCACGCACACCUUGUCCCGUCCUCGAGACGGCUACACCUUUUUGUUCGGCGGUGGGCGUGGACGAUACGAACCUGGAUCACAUAGACACAAUAACACGCUGUUUUUUUACCCAUUUAGAGCGCACAAUGCGACAUGCUUGUCUGAUUAUCUGAUGAAUGGUGUACACGGGGAGCUAAGACUCCAUCUUCCUUCUCCUCA